UCGAAAGUGGUCUGCAACAAAUUUGAUGCUUGUCGUGUAUAUAAUUUAAAAUUAUGUCUGAUAAACUUAAAAUUUGUAUUUAUAAUUGCUUUUUUUCUAUACUGUUCAUUAAUGCCGUAUUAUCAGAUGAAAUUCCUAUUAUUAUGUGGAAUAUUAAGGGUGACAGUCUGAACAUAAAACCUGUUUCUGCUCUUGGAAAUGUUGAUGAAUUGUUUGUAAACACCCUGAAAGAUGUUUCUGAUGACUCUUCUAGUCUUCUUGUUUUCUCCGUACAUCAACUUAGUUUAGAGGAUUUGUCUGCUAGUGAUAAAACUGGAGCAUCAAAUGAUACUCUUCAAAAUUUACAGAGAUUUUUGGAUGCCCAUCCUAACAUGAUGUUUCCCUCUGUGCAAAAUCCUUUGCAUUAUAUUCAUAAAGCCCACUGUGGAGUUCAGGAAAUCGUUGUGGAUAAGGCUGUUGAUGAAAAUGUCUUAAAAUCAGUUUCAUCUGCAAUGGACACAUCCUGUGUUACCAUUCUGCAUAUAUCCGAGGAUGGUGUUUCAAACAAAGAUCAAAUAAAGGAAGUCUUCCUGCCUUCUAUUGAAAACAGUAAGAAAAAUGUCGUAGGAGCUUUCACUGGUGCAAAAUCAUCCUGGAGCAUGCCUGAAAAUGAUCGUUAUCCACUCAGAAAUUUAUUGCAAGUUGAAGAAUCUUAUGACAAAUCUAGUAUCGUAAACGUAUCUGGCUGUUUGUUGAUGUAUUUCGAAAAUUCCACAUUUAGUAUAGGGAGCGAUAAUGUAACGCUUCCUGAUAGUCCAGACACCACUGGCUCAGCUUGUGGAAAUGAUUCUGUUUUACAACUUACUUUUAAAACUGCUGGAGACAUUACAUCUGUUGUGCUUAAUCUGAAUUUCCCUACCAGAGAGGGUACUUGGAGUGUAAAAGGCUCUGUGGAAGUAACGGGGGGUAGUAAUCCUGGAACGUAUAACCUAGAUGCCCCGACUGUUUCUGCUCCUGUAGGAUUUUCAUAUAGCUGUGGAGACUUGUAUUUGAAGGUCAAUGCAACACCAGCUUCAUAUUUUACAUUCCAAAGUUUCCAGAUUCAGCCUUAUGCAGUAGAAGAUGGAAUCUUCAGUGACAGCUUUGAUUGUGUGCCAUUUUUCACAAUUCCAAUAUGGAUGGGUGUGGUUGUGUCAUUAUUAUUUAUUAUUAUAAUCAAUAUCGGUGUGUACGCACUGUUUUCUAUUCGCACAAUGGACCAGUUUGACGAUCCUAAAGGAAAGACUAUUUCUGUUGCUCUGUCUGAAUAAUAAUAUUACCUGUUAACUUAUGUAGAUAUAAUUAGAAAAUUCAAAUAUUCAAGAAAUGUUCUCAAUUGUCAUUUCGAAAGCUAGUCUACUUGGAGUGUAAUGUGAAAACGAAAUACCAUUUGAAUGUUAGUUUUGUGUUCUUUCGUUUCAUUUAGAAAAAAAAAUGUUACAGAUUAAAAAAAAUUGUUUUGAUCGAUUUGAUAACUUCAAAGUUUAUAUUCAGUCAUGGGCGCCCAGAUGCAAAAUUGUGAAGGGGGGCUCAGCUAUUUUAAUCAUGGUUUAGCAUUAUAUUUUCCCCAUGGAAACUGAUUUCAGUGCAGAAAAGAGUUAUUAAAAUUUGACAUUUUUAAUAACCUAUUCAUAAUGGCUAGAGAAUAAAUGUUUUUAGAUUUUCGCAAAGAAAAAAGUACUAAAAGCAGGGAAGUUCUAAUUUCUAAGGGGGGGGGAGGGACUUGAACCCUCACUUGCCCCCCCCCCCCCCUCCUUUACAUGGGCGCCGAUGCAUUCAGUGGCACAUAUUUUUAUGCAAAACGGUCAUGGCAAAAUUAAACUAAUAUUUUAUUUGGUUUUGCAUGUUACUGAUAGUAACAGAAGUCGACUAAAGUGUUAAUGUUCACCUGAAGUAUAUUGUUUGUUUGGUAGACAUGGAAGUUUUGCUGUUAAGAAGUAAACUAUUAUCACAGAACCACAUCUCCGGUCCCCUCUCCAAAAAAAAAAAAAGGAAACGAAAUCAGCAAAAAUGAAAAGAAAAGAAUAUAUAUAUAUAUAUAUAUAUACAUAAUAAAAGUGAAAAAUAUUGAAAAGACCACACCAAGAGCCCAUAGAUGCGCAACGCAGCAAAACUAAAAAGCCAAGUAAAUAUAAAAUUAAGCAAACAGAAUUACAAAUAUUAAACAAAUUAUAAAUAACAAAUGAUGACAAAAAGGAAAAAUGCAAACAGCUAUUAAGUAGGAAUAGAUAAAGAGUGAAUCCAGAGCUCAUCAGCCGUGGAGGAUUCAUUAAUUAUGGUCAAAAGACCAAAAUUUUAACUAAAAACUAGGAGAGAAUGUUUAAGCUCCAGUACAUGUAAUAUAGAGUAACAAUGGGCAAACGCACCACUUGCUAAGCUAAAAACAAUAAACUACAGCUCAAACCUAAAACUAAAAGCAGGGGGUUUCGCCUCGACUAAUUAGGAAAACAAGUUCCGAUAAUUAGCCGAUUUUAUAUAUAUAUAUAUAUAUAUAUAUAUUGUUUCCUUUCUAUUGCUUAUUGCAAUUUCCAAUUUAUAUUGAUUAUUUAUUCAUGAAUAUAUAUAUAUGUACGUGUGUGUGUGGAUGUAUGUAUGAAUGUAUGCAGGCAUUAAUAUGUAUGCAUGUAUGUAUGGUUUUUUUUUUUUUUUUUUUUGUUAAAAGCACUUUUAUAUGAGAAUAAUAAAUAGAUUGUUGUGAAAAUAAUAAUCUCUAAAAAAUUAACUUAAACUACUUUCCUUUUCAAUUAAUGUAGUCAAACUUCGAAUUUUGCAUUUCUCAAGGGACUGGAUUAAAAAAAUGAAAUACGGGAAAACGUAAAAUACGGGAAAUGCAUAAAAAGCAAAAAUUAAAUAGAAAAAAAACUGAAGGUAGUAAAGAUGACUCUUUUAAAAGGUAUAACAUCUAUAUUUUCCUAAAAAGAACAUUAUCACACAUCAUUUUAGCUUAUAUUUACACAUUCUUUACAAAUCCUGUGGAAUGUGUGUUUGAAAAUAGAAUAAGUUGUUUACAUUUUUAAAUUUAAUAACCAAGUUUACUGAAGCAAUGCAAAACCAUUUGAUACUCAUAUGUGAUGUGUUGUAUAUUUUGUUCAAAAUAUUACUCCAGAAAGUAUGUUUCAUAUUGCUGAUUUAACAUUGAUUUUAUACAUUAAUUAUUGUUAAAUGCAUUCAUGUUGUUUGUACAGAACAUUAUUCAUGUCAUGAAUUCCUAUGAUCAUGUGAUAUCGUUUUGAUAGUCUUUAAAAUGUCGAUCAGUUUUUUUUUUUGUUUUUUUUUUCAUUCUUGAAAAUUAAGUUAUUGUAAGCUACAACAGUAAAAAGUUCUUUGCAUUAAAA